GAAUGUUUUGAUUUUCGUUUGCAGCAGCGACAGAGCCGCAGCGAGGUGCGGUACGACCUGUCAAGGCAGUAUUCGGCCGCCUAAUUGAUUAAUCCGCGCAAGAGUAGGGCCGAUGUGGCCAAGUAGGUGACAAGCGGCCGUGACCCCGCGCGGCGCCGACAUGAGCGGCAUGGAGAUCGAGGAAAUGCUGCUCUACAGCGCCAGGCACGGCGACCUGUCCAUGGUCAGGGAGCUGCUGGACGCCAGGGAGCUCGGCAAGGUCAACUUCGAUAUCAGCUGUAAAGGACAGGCGAAGAGCAACCAGGGUUGGACGCCCCUUCACCUGUCUACUUACUUCGGGCACCUGCGGAUGGCGCAGCUCUUGCUGGACAACGGCGCGCACAUCGAUGCCCUGAACGACGCGGGCGACACUCCACUCCACAAAGCGGCCUUCAUCGGCAGGGAGGACUUGGUGCUGUUGCUGCUUGAGCGCGGAGCCUCCGUCGGCGUGAUAAAUGGCGAAGGACAAACCCCACGGCACGUCACUGACAGCCCCGAAGUGGCCAAAUUGCUCCUGGCCGCCGAGCAGACGGACAUUCGGCGUCGCGAAGAACGGCUCUUGGCUGCUGCCAGAGCCGGAAAACUGGAUGCCAUCCAUCAAAUGCUGCGUUCUGAGUCAGCACCCAACAUAAACUGUGUGGACAACCAAGGCAACACCUGCUUGCACUGCGCUGCCUACAGGGGCCACAAAGAGGUGGCUGUGUUGCUUUUGCAGAAUGGCAUCGACACCAAAAUCAAAAAUAAUAGAGGACAAACUGCCUUAGACCUUGCCAAGGAUGAGCAAAUGAAUCAAGUACUGAGUGUGCAGCCAGUCAGGAGACUACUCAGGUCUGCUGUCAGGUUUGAAGGAAUGUUGCUCAAGAGAUCCAGAUUUUUAGGCUGGAAGCCCAUUUGGGUGGUGCUGGAGAGGGGAGUGAUGGCGUACUUUGCGUGUAGAGCAGACGCCUGCUCAGGUGUGAAACGCAAGGAUUUCAAGUACCUGGACAAUGCCCGAAUGGUGCCUAUCGACUCUGACGAAUGCUCUUUUUUGGUCAAUUUCUCAGACUCCACUGUCCACCGUCUCAGCGUCGUAAAUGACGGGGACGAUACCCAGCAAAUCAGCAGACAGAAAUGGCUUAAUGCUCUCCAAGAACACGCUGCAUUCAGCAGCCACUACCUGAGCCAGGGUCAGGCGAGCAUAGACGAAGAAGACGACGAGCCUAACACCGUCAAACCCCUAGGAUCUAUGCAGGACGCAUUGCAAACCGCAGCCGCCCACCACCAGGUUUUGGCCCAGAAGCUUGCAGACAGUUCAGCCUUACUUGAUUCCGCUCAAAGCAGUUCUUCCUUUCAAGACAUGACCUCAGAGAUCCACAAGAAUUUCCAAAUGGUUUCCGACUCAGCGGCAAGCAUGCUUGGCGCCCUGGGCCACUGUCUCACACUAUUCCAGCAGCAGGAAGAGGUUCGUGUGUUGCAACUGCGACAGGAGCAAGAGCGAGUGCGUGUCCUAGAGGAAGCCCUGCACGUCCUCGCGCGGGAACACCAUGAGCUCGAGCAGUCAGUGGCCAUGUCUCAGGCUGGAUCGCCGCCUAACAGCAAACGCAGUUCGCGCCUCUUCGACCCCUCUGACGACGAAUUCUAUGACGCCUUCGAAGCAGACUCAGACAGCGACACCCUGGUGACAGCGGCCAGUCCCGACUCGGAUACCCUGCGCAGUUUCAACAUUGGAGGCGGCGGCCUGAGGGAGUCGGCGUCCAGCUGCACCCUCGUGUCAGGCGCCGUCAGUCCAGUGUCCAAUAUGUCAUUCCACAGCGCCCUCGACCGGCCUCACAGCCGCCGCACUUCUACCCCCAUGGGACACAGGCAGACCCUGCCGGUGCCGAUGUUCAGUCAGAAUGACUUCAACCUGUGGUCCGUUUUGAAAAACUGCAUCGGCAAGGAGCUGAGCAAAAUCACCAUGCCCGUCAUAUUCAACGAACCUCUCUCGUUCCUGCAACGAAUGGUCGAGUACAUGGAAUACUCGUACCUCCUGAGGGUAGCUUCCGAACAAGAGGAUCCAGUCGACCGCAUGAAGUAUGUGGCGGCGUUUGCUGUGAGUGCUUUGUCUUCCAACUGGGAACGCCUGGGCAAGCCGUUCAACCCCUUGCUCGGCGAGACCUACGAACUGGAAAGAGACGAUUUCAGGGUGGUUUGCGAGCAAGUUAGUCACCAUCCGCCCGUGUCAGCCUUCCACGCAGACAGUCCGCACUUUAUUUUCCACGGCUCCAUUUACCCAAAGCUGAAGUUCUGGGGUAAGGAUGUCGCCAUCCAGCCAAAAGGAACUGUCACGGUCGAGCUACCGAGGUGGGGAGAGGCGUACACGUGGAGCAACGUUAAUUGCUACGUGCACAACAUUAUCGUUGGCAAGCUGUGGAUGGAGCAGUCGGGCUCGAUGGAGAUCGUGAACCACCGUACCGGACAUCGCGCCACCCUCACCUUCAAACCGGCCGGCUGGUUUUCGAAAGAGCUGCACCGCGUUGAGGGGUACAUCACCGACAAUAGGAAAAACAAGCUGUUCUUCUUGUACGGAAGGUGGACGGAUUUCAUUCGGUGCACCGACAUAGAAUCGUACGACGCCUACUUCAAGGAGAACACGCACAAAUUUAGGAAGGACGACAAGAAAAGUGGCGGGACGAGCAGCCCAUCGCACUCGCGCGUGCUGAAAAAGCUCAACAGUCUAAAAAGCCCCUUCAAAAGCAGCCGCGACGAGGGCCUCAGCGGCGGAGCCUCUUUCAACCCCGACGACCCCCCACCGCCCCCUGAAGUCCCGGAGGGCGAGAUUCCCAAAUCAGACUCAACCUACUCAAUCGACAUUCCAAACUCAACCAGUCUGUGGGAGGUGCGACCCCGGCCUCCAAACACCAGUGAUUAUUUCCAAUUUACGCUUUUCGCGAUGUCCCUGAACGAAAUGGAGCCAGCAAUGAAGCAGAAGUUGUGCCUGACCGACUGCAGACUAAGGCCCGACAUUCGGCUAUUGGAAGAGGGAGAUAUUGAUGGUGCCGCAGCUGAAAAGACUAGGCUCGAGGAAAAGCAGAGAGACACGAGAAAAUCGCUCAAAGCUGCCAAAGAAGAAGACCCGCCUCCAAGGUGGUUUUGCCAGGGUACAAAUCCUUACACGCGGCAGGAGGACUGGCUCUACAGCGGCGGCUACUGGGACCGCAAUUUCGAAGGAGUUUCCGACAUUUUUUAAACUGCGCCAAACAAAUCCGCACAUAUCCGCCGCCGCCGCCGCUUGAUAUUCGCAGUCGAAAACUCCUCGUUCAUUCGUGGGCUGCUUUAGCGACAAUAUCUGUGUGGCUUUAAUGAGAUAUUAUUCCUCCUCCGGCGACGCGACAUGCGACACACUAUUCCCCCAUCUGCAAUAAGUUGUUGUUGUUGAAUUGUAAAAAUGGUAUUGUUAAAUAGUCAACGUUCGGGGCAGCUUGCUGGAGGAGCUCUUAAGUCGUUCCAUUGAGUCCAAAAUAACUGUGCAUUUUUAAUUUAGCGUUUUUCGAAACCUCUGUAGCGAAAAGAACCCUGUGUCAGUAGGCGAGAGCUCUAUAUUAGCUUUUUACAGCAUUCAGUUUGCCUGCACUUGCAGCGAAAUUCGGAAAAUUAAUAUGCUACACCUAUAUUUACGGGAAAAUUUUAUUCUCUCACAAAGGUUUCACGAGAUUAGUUGAUCUAUUUUCUACUUUAAAAAAUGGUUCAACAAUAAAUAAUAAUUAGUUCUGAGAAGCUGUCGAUUGUCCAUAAGCAGUGUCGUAGACCAAAAACUCGUCAAUAUUAAGGUAAAAAACACGAUCUUUUUGUGAGAACUAGCCAAAAUUACUCGAUGUAUAGAGAGAGCUGAAUCUAUAACGUACUAUAAAACGAAACCAUUACAAAUUACGUGUACAAUGUAUAAAUAAACGAAACAAGACCUACACACCAAAA